CAUUUCUUGUGUACCAUUCGGUACCAUUAGCUCAGAGGUUCAGCCCACCUAACCAGCCCUCGACUACUAAGGUAUAAAAGCCGCUGAGGAAAAGGGGUUCUCGGCAGUUGCUUUUAGAAUUUGGCGCAUAACGCAGUACACAAGCUCGAAAUUUAGAAGAAAAUGAAAUUCAUCCUCUGCUUCAGUCUUUUAUUUGUCCUUGUGGCUAGCGUUGAAAUCACUCCUAAAACAUUGACUCGUGAAAUCAAAGCCGACGUCCUAAGAGAUUUCCCUGGCGUUUGUUAUGCUUCGACCCAAUGCCGAACGUUUAAGGAAAACGAAGAAUGGGAUCUAAAACCUUUCUGUGGAAAAUCUAUCUGCAUAAAGGGAGCUGAUGGAAUUUUGAAGGAACGUGUCAGCGACUGCGGUCCACCGGCCAAGGCUAAUCCAGAAUGCAAAGUCAAUGCCAAUGCUACACUUCCCUAUCCUAAUUGCUGCCCCGUCUAUGACUGUGCGCCUGGUGUUCAACUAGAAUUCCCCGAUAUUCCAGUUGCUUAAGCAAAUCUUAUACUACACAGCAUUGCAGUUUUUAAAGAUGUGGUCGUUAAGAUACGUGAUUUUUGUUCGUGAAAUGUCGUUAUGAAAUCCAAGCUGGGCCUUCAUUUACUAAUACAUUUUAGACCUCA